ACUCCGGACGCACGCAGAACGCGCCCAGGUGUUGUCGCGACCGUGUCCCAGGCGUCGUGUCAGUACCGUCCUGCCCGUCAACCCUUCCCGCGUGGUCUCCCGCCCGACCGACUCCGCGAGGGUACGCCGCCGUCGAACAAGUGUCGGGGAUGGCCUGGCCCGCCAGCGGCUAGCCGCGUCUGCAUGUCUCCUUUCCCAAACCCUCUCGCCGCUAUGUGAGCUGGUGAGCGUCCGGCGACGUUGAAGAAGACACUGCGUGUGCGUGUGUGCGCGUGUGUGCGGGUUGGUGAUUCCUCAAGAACCCUUUGGACGGCUUCAGCGCGUCCUCUCGGGCCCCCCUGGGAUGACCUUCGUCGGUCCGGCGAGCUGCCCUCGGGAGUGAGUGAGGUUUCCGCCGAGGGAAAAAAAAAACAAACAAACAAACAGACGACCGGCGCCAUGUUGAACUGCACGGACCACGAGUGCAUCCUGCACAAGGAGCACUACUACCUGGUGCACCAGCACGUCCUCCAGAUGCAGCAUCACCUGCAGGAUCACCGGGAGCACCAUGCCAUGUCUUCGGACCCGGCGGAGUACCCGGAUGGCGUCACUCCACAGGCCUUCAACGAAACAGACCCAGAGCUGUCCGGACAUCAUCUGGGUGAGUUACUCACUGCCGCCUUGCAUGGCUGUUCGCGCGUCUACAUACAGACCCCAACAAAAUGGCCGCUGGUCGCUUCAUCGUUAAGCCCAACAAAAUGGCCGCUGUUCGCUUCAUCGUUAAGCCCAACAAAAUGGCCGCUGUUCGCUUCAUCAUUAAACCCAACAAAAUGGCCGCUGUUCGCUUCAUCAUUAAACCCAACAAAAUGGCCGCUGUUCGCUUCAUCGUUAAGCCCAACAAAAUGGCCGCUGUUCGCUUCAUCUUUAAGCCCAACAAAAUGGCCGAUGGUAGCUUCAUCGUUUAGCCCAACAAAAUGGCCGAUAGUAGCUUCAUUGUUUAGCCCAACAAAAUGGCCGCUGGUCGCUUCAUCGUUAAGCCCAACAAAAUGACCGAUGGUAGCUUCGAGAAAAAAAAAAAUUUAAUGUAGAAAAAGCUGAUUAGAUAUUUUUGGUGCGUCGUACACGUGUGUGCAAUAUAUACAAUCACCAGUCAAUAAUACUCGUUUUCGCUCGCGAAAUUUCAGAGUAUUGUGAAAAUCUAAACUAAUAGUUCGUGUCUUAGAAGUGUUUUAAUUUGAGAACGUAGACGAAAGUUAAGAAUUAAUAUUCGACUGAAUAGGAAGUUAUUGAGUCCUCCCUCUGAAAAUUGGUAGGACUAUCCCGGUAACAAGGCAAGCAUGCCCACUGUACGAUCUGUUCAAUUACAAAGAAGUCAUAGAAAGUGAUCAAGAGCACUAAUGCACGUGCAAAGAUAGGCUAAUACUUUUGUUUUAUGUUUUCGUGUUAACACAUGUAUGCCACGUCAAAGAAUAAUACACGUAAAAGGGAAUUAAUUGCCGAAAAAUUAUUAAACAAAACAAAUAUAAAGUUUAUGUGUUCCUUUUCAUAUGCAUUAAAUUCGGGAUAGUCAUAGUGAUAGUGGAAAAAAAACUCAUCUUGAACUAUGAUGAUUAUCUUUCAGUAACUAAAAAUGCCGUACAAAAUACCGUAUCACUAGAGUCAAGAUGUUUAAACAUAAAAAAAAGAGAAAAGAAAUGGAAGAUGUGCUUUCAGCAAUAAACUAAACUAAUCACAAUGACUAUGAGAACAGAACACGCAUCAUAUAUAUCUUACCCAUGAUUCAAUCGUGGGACGUAGUGGUUAAAACAUCGGCUGCAGCGGUAAUCUCAGGAACUACUUAUUUUCCAGUUGUCGGCGCAGUUGAACGUGUCCGAUUUGCUGGAGAGGGUAUCGGAAUGGUUACACGCUAACUUCACUUGCGCGGAGUCGAGUCACGAAAGCGACGAUAGGUCGUUGGUGGGUUCUUAUCGAGUCCAGUGGUCGACCACCGUGAUGUCUCGAAUGCACAUAAUGACGGUCCUUGAAGUUGAACCGCGCUUCGAGUGCCCCCCACACGCAAGCGCACAAGUUAAAAUAACAUGAUGAAAAAUACCCAUUUAUAAAUUACGUAAUGCGCAAAAACGCAACGCAAGCAUUGCCCAACUUUGGGCUUGCGUUUCCGAAAGCUUUGAAUGAUGGAGAUGUCAUGUGUAGAGGAGGAUACCAUUUUAUUGUUUGCACACCAUAAAGUUUUAUUUUGAAAAAAAAAAUUUCGCACAGUGAAAGCAAAUACAACUUUAAAAUCGAAUCAGCUGAAACUUUCGUAUGUUUCAAUGACAAAAUACGAGCCAUGACAAGAAGCGCGAGGGGAAAAAAAAUUGUUUUCUUCAGUUUUACAACAAAAUUGUUUUAGUGUUGGUGACGUUUAGCUUUUUACUAACGACCGUUCUUUUCUUGUGUUGGUGGCGUUGCGCGACUGAGUUUCUUGCGUGGUUUAUAAACCCGGCCAUAUCGACCUUCCGGGUACAACUCACGAGAUAACUUUCACAGUCAAUGUCAUCUGCAUGCUUGAACAAAUGUCAUUCAUUCAUUGGCUGAUGCCUGAACGUCACAUGGUGCCGAAGACAGUGUCUUCCCUCCUUAGGCGAUUAGGUUUCUGUCAUCGGUGGUGUCGAACUCGGGUAUUUCUCACUUGGAAUACGUCCCUUUGCCGGUGGGUUUCAUUGGGUAUUCCUUUUCCCACUUACAACCCACCUAUACCCUUACCCCCCCCCCCUUCCCCACCACAGUUUUCCCGCAAAUACAUACAGUCAUUCUCUAAUUACCUCGAGUACUUACUUGGGGUGUAAGAGUUCUAACUUGAUACAGUGGUUUCAUCGCAUGACCACUACAGGAGACUAUUAUUUUUUUUUAUCAUUCUAAGAUUAUUUUAGGAGUGAACUCAGUACUCCUUGGAUAAUAAUUAAUCUUCUUUGUUAAUUAAACGCGAACUUUUUUUUAAAAAAAAGGAAGAGGGAGAGGUAAAUAAAGGAAUGAUAUUUUUUAUUUAUAUGGCCGUUUCUUUGGGUAAGAUUUUGUCUCAAAAAAAAAAACCUUCGAAAAAAUUGUGAGCUAGUCUUUUCACUACUAGACAGAGAUGUGUAACAUCUUACCUCGGUAGCGAGCAAAUUCAUUUAAAUUACGAAACUCAGACAUGAAAUUUAGUUUAGAAUUCUUAAAAAUAAUGCCGAACGUGAUACAUAUACACCCAUAGUGUGUUUUCAAUUACAUUUCUGGACGCGAAUCGCACGUAGUUUGCACACCCGCCGCUAGAACUCGCUGCAGGAGCAGCUACGUCGACUGUUGAACCAUUCCAUUAGCAGACCGAAAUUUUUUAAACUGUAUAAUGAAAAAAAAAAAACUAAAAUAUUUGGAAAAAUAAACUUUUCUCUGGGUUUUGGACCUGAUUUCUGACAAAGAAUUUUUAUCAAAACACUGCCCAUUUUGUUAAAAUUCAUUUAAAAAAUUUAUUGUAUAAAGUUUCCCUUUGGCUUUGUGAACUUUGGUUAGAAGCCAUCCGCCACAGAUGGCAGCACCGUGGUUACACAUUCACUGAAUCGCUCCCGCCAGAUGCCGUGUAUCGAGAGCUAAGAUGUUGCACGUCGAAGCCACCAUCAGCGCGGCUGUCUGCCGAGUGUAGCCUCCCCACUGCGCCACCUCGGCGGCUGGGCUUGUGGCAGGCGCAGGCGACCUCCGGACGUCCUUGCUGUCGCAGGAGCAGUGGCGUAGCCAGCAUUUGUGUAUGGAGGGGGGUUGAGAAGCAUGCUUCCCCCCCCCUAAUAAAAAAUUGGAUUUUAAGGUGUAAAAUAGUGCUAAUUUAGCAGUUUUCGGUACUUAACUUUAAAUAUUGUAAUGGUAAAAAUAUUAUUAAUUUUUUUAAUAAAAAAUUGUUUGAGUGAUGAAAUAAGAAAUUAAUUAAAGAUAUUUUUAUCAAUCCAAAUGCCUUGUUUACGUCCACUCAAAAUCAUAAAUCAUGCUCGAAGCUCGACAAAACAAAAAAAAAAGAAUAAAAAGGAUUGGGUUUCGGCAGAACUGAUCUAUUCCUGGGAACAAUUAGCUUUAGCUUGAAGAGUUACAUGACACCAUGUCGUUUUCUCAAUUCUAUACACACACAGCGAUCCUUACACUUUUGGAAGACCAGUCAACACCUGCUUAUAAUUACCGCGCUGGUUAAAUACAAUAGGUGUAAGAUAUUCGAAAGCUUGGGACCAGUCACGGCGUCACAACCUCAUAGCUUCUGCUCGUGACAGGGGUAGGGGAAGGGAAGGAGAAUCGGUAGGGCUCGCUUACUCUUCCCCUCCAGUGCAGUGUCCGGUGAUAGCAGUAAGACACCCAGGCUUUUAGCUAACCUGCUUUCAGAUAAGAAAAAAUAAUUUUGGCUUAAGGGGGAGGAGGGUUAGAACCCCUAGCCCCCCCCCCCCCUGGCUAGGCCCCUGCGCAGGAGGAAUGUCCUGGACACAGUCUGGAUGUGUGCCCGGGGGGUAGUUGAAAGUACAACUGGACGCGAAGCCGACAGACGUCCGGGUACCACGUCAGGAUUGACUGGUUUGAACCACUGUGCAAACAGUGGUUUAAAUCAACUGUUUAUAAAAAAUGUUUUAAAUAAUGUAUUUUUAAAUAGAAUAUUUUUUUUUUAAUGAAAAGUCUAAUUCCACUCUAAUAACAACAAAAGUUUGCUCAAUAACAUUUGUCAUUUAUGUACAGGAAAAAAACUAUAUACUAAUCAAGAUAUUAUAAUUUAAAUUACAUGCAUAAGUUGUAAAAUAUGCCCAAAUAAAUACUCCUCUAAUAUUAAAAAUAUAAGGGAAUCGUAGUCAAAAGUGCAAAAAAAGAGGAAAUAAAUAAAUUUAUUACUAACACAAAUUCCUAUUCUGUGAGAAAUCACCGACUGUACUGUAAAUCCCCAUUCUGUGAGAAGCACUCACUCUAUGGAGAAUCCUCUUCCUGUGGGCGAAAUACCCUCUCUGUGGUUAAGUCCCGGUCAGAUGUGCAGAUUAGCUGUACUUUUCUGUACUUUUCUGUACUUUUCUGGUUGAACAGGAGUGGCAGGAAGCGGGAUGUUGUUAUGGCAUUCAUUUUAACAUGCUGAGAACCAAAAUAAAUAACGUAAUUAAAAAAAAUUGUUUAAACAAAAAAAGUUUCAAACAAAUAAAAAAAUUCAAAAAAAAAAGGGUUUGUUUAAAAAAAAUUCCGUGCCUGGUCUGCGCCGCGCGUAUCGGCGGACGGGAAUAAGCGUGACUUCACGUCAGCGGUCGCCGUCAGCCGGAGAGUCGUCGAGGCAGCCACGUGGGGAAAAACCCUGCGUUCACAGACACCGGGUCACUCGCCGGAGUAUCCCGCAGUUCGUGAAUCUCUUGGUUCUACUUCAUUACUGAAACUGUCUCACGAUAUACUUCAUUACAGCCGGUAGGUUAAAGCGGGGACGCACCACAACGCCGAAAUACCACAACGCCGAAAUGUCAAAUUGACCAUAACGCCGACAGCUAGAAAACUGCUGUGUACCACAACGCCGAAUUAUCACAAUGCCGAAAUACACUAACGCCGAAAAAUGUCAUUUCAGGACUGCCACAAAGGUUAGGUUAGACUAGACUAGGUUAGGUUAGACUAGGUUAGGUUAGGCUAGGCUAGGAUAGGCUAGGUUAAGUUAGGUUGUAUUACGCUAGGUUAGGUUAUGUAAGGUUAGGUUUGAUUGUGGUAUUUCGGCGUUAAGGUACAUUUAAGAAACACACACAAAUUCAUUCAGUUGUUAAUUCGGCGUUGUGGUACACAGCAGUUUUCUAGCUGUCGGCGUUGUAGUCAAUUUUGACAUUCGGCGUUAUGGUAUUUCGGCGUUGUGGUAACGACCCGGUUAAAGCCGUGUCUGAAUUCCCCUGAAGUACGAGGGCGUAUUGGUGAAUAACACACACGUCAAAUUUUAAGCAGGAAAAUGAUUAGUAAUUAUGAAAUUAUUUACUAUAAAGGGAACUAGAUGGCGCUGCUGACAGGGCGCAAAGCAUUAUCUCGCGAUUCAACGUACCGAUGGCGUUCGUCAGUGACCGGUGAGAUGGCGAUAGUGAUUGCAUCGUCAGCUGUGGAGGAGCAACGAGCUGUGAUAAGAUUUCUCCGAGCAAAAUGAAAAGAAAGUUGGAGAGAUCAAUUCGGAGAAGGUGAAAGUUUUCGAAAAUGACUUCAUUGACCGUAUCAAUUCGUAACAAAAAAAAAAAAAGCUGGUGCGUAUACUUAUGUAAGCGUGUUAGAAGUUAUACUUACUUGGCGUAGUAAAAAACUUUAAUUACGCUUGCAAAUGAUUAAUACAAUAAAAUAAAGGUCCGGAGUUAUUACUGAGGCGUGGAAGCAUGUGAUAAUGACACUUGUAAUGUUCUGAUGUUCAUGAAGGUGAACCUACAGUGUCGGGGUACUUUUCUAGACUAAGGUAUCUAUGCUAGGUAAGUUCGUUGACAGAGCAUAAAUUUAAUCACAAAAACAUUAUCCUCUAAUUGGGUUACAAUUAUCAUCCUGGCACACAUAUAAAAACAGCGGUCAGUGAACUUGCGAAGGAAGUAACCACGGACGCCAGAUACUCGGUCUGGUUCGCUGAAUGCCCCAUGCCUGGAACGUGGUAAUACAGAACUAAAACCACGUGGUCGUGUAUCCCAAAAUUAAACUUCAACAUUAAGACACACGCCUUGCUGAAGAAAAUGUGUGCACCAAAUAUAUGGUAGCAGAUAUUCGAUAGCAUGUGCCCGUAUAUUAUUCAAACAAUUCUACACAUGCAACAUUAAAUGAAACAUUUACGUGAGCCAUACUUUUUUUCUGGCCAUUCUGAAUUGCAAAUUACACUUAAAAAAAGCACUUAAAAAAAAACAAUUACGAAAAUUACUAAAAUUCUGCCCAAAACCAAAAUACAUAUAAGGGCUUAAAGUUUGCGAUUGUUUAGAUAACAUUAUGGCUCACAAAGUCGCUUCAGAAAUACGUUCAUUUAUCUACAAAAUAUGACAAA